AUUUCAUUAAUAUUAUUUUAAAAGAAGGGGCUGGUUUCAAAGAUUCCUAUGUUUCAACCCUCAAAGAGGGAUGGGGUUGUUGUUGCUGGAUUUGAUGGUAGUGGUGAUGGGCAAGUCCUAGAUCUGGAUACUGCUGUUAAAGAUGGGGUUUUGGGUGGUUUUGGUGGUGGAAUCAUUGGUGCUGAUGUUGGUGAGAAAUUGGAUCUGAAGAAAAUGACUGAAGAGCUUGAUUUACCUGAGAUUCCUUCUGUGUUUAUUUGUCCAAUCUCUCUUGAGCCAAUGCAAGACCCUAUUACUCUUUGCACUGGCCAAACUUAUGAGAGGUCCAACAUUCUCAAAUGGUUCAAUUUGGGGCACUAUACUUGCCCCACUACAAUGCAGGAACUUUGGGAUGAUUCUAUUACUCCAAAUAGAACCCUUUACCAUUUGAUUUACACUUGGUUUUCGCAGAAGUAUUCGCUCAUGAAGAAGAAAUCCGAAGAUGUACAAGGGAGGGUAAGUGAGCUUAUUCAGACAUUGAAGAAGGCCAAGGGUCAAGCCAGGAUUCAAGCCUUGAAGGAGCUGAGGCAAGUUGUGGCAGUGCAUGCUACUGCAAUGAAGACAGUGGUUGAUGAAGGUGGAGUUUCUCUAAUUUCAUCCUUGUUAGGUCCAUUUACGUCCCAUGCCGUUGGUUCUGAAGCAAUUGCCAUCCUUGUCAAUUUGGAGCUUGAUUCAGAGUCCAAAACCUAUUUGAUGCAGCCAACAAGGAUUUCAUUGAUGGUAGAUAUGCUUAAUGAAGGGUCAGUGGAGACAAAGAUCAAUUGUACGCGAUUGAUAGAGAAACUAAUGGAGGAGAAAGAAUUUCGCUCUGAGAGCAUCUCCAGCCAUCGGUUAUUGGUCGGUCUAAUGCGAUUAGUGAAGGAUAAGAGGCACUCCAAUGGAAUCUUGUCUGGACUUAGCUUGCUUAGAUCUAUAUGUUUACAUAAACAAGUCAUGAGUUUGACAGUGAGUAUUGGAGCCGUUCCUCAAUUGGUUGAAUUGUUGCCCGCUUUAGAGCCUGAUUGCUUGGAAUUAGCCCUUUUCAUAUUGGACACGUUAUCAUCUCUUCCGGAAGGCAAAGCAGCAUUGAAGGAUUGUAGAAACACAAUUCCGAAUAUGGUGAAGCUUUUGAUGAGAGUUUCAGAAAACUGUACUGAAUAUGCAUUGUCAAUUCUGUGGUCUGUAUGCAAACUUGCCCCCGAGGAAUGCUCCUCAGUUGCGGUAGAAGCCGGUUUAGCAGCGAAGUUGCUUCUCGUGAUUCAGAGCGGUUGCAAUCCCGUCUUGAAGCAAAAGUCUUCGGAGCUCUUGAAGUUAUGUAGCCUAAAUUAUACAGACACCAUCUUUAUCUCAAAGUGCAAGCUCACAAGGACAAUCCAAUGACAAGUUAAAGGGUCUGCCAUAUUUAAGGUAUGAAUUAGCUCUCCUGAACAUAUUUAAGCACUUCAAUUCCAGCAAUUUGAUUCAACUUUACAUAAAAGAACACUCAUGUGGAUAAGGAAAAAAACACACAUUUCAUGCUGCAAUGGAAUCAUAUCAAGUUCUCUUUUCCAAUGCCUUGAAAUAAAACCCCAAAAGGAUAAAUGACGUGAA